GAGCAUUAGGGAAAAAUGAAUGAGAUUCCUUGCGCCUCCAUGUUGAGGCUGUGUCACUGUUUUAUCUCGAUUUGUAGUGUUCACUUUGUUUCCAUGAUAGCAGCUGAAUCAAGUUUUGUUUUUAGAAACAUGGCUGAGGCUUCUGACUUGUUGGAUUGGCCUAAGAAGGACAACCGUCGUUUUCUCCAUGCUGUCUACCGCGUUGGUGAUCUUGAUCGCACCAUCCAGUUUUACACUGACUGCUUUGGUAUGAAGCUGUUGAGGAAAAGAGAUAUCCCUGAGGAGAAGUAUUCUAAUGCUUUUAUGGGAUUCGGACCCGAAACAUCUAACUUUGUUGUGGAGCUGACAUAUAAUUAUGGAGUUAGCUCAUAUGAUAUUGGAACUGGAUUUGGGCAUUUUGCCAUUUCAACUCAAGAUGUUUCCAAAAUUGUUGAGAACGUCCGUGCCAAGGGUGGAAAUGUCACUAGGGAACCUGGUCCAGUCAAAGGUGGAAACAGCAUCAUUGCGUUUGUGAAGGACCCUGAUGGUUACACUUUUGAGCUCAUCCAGAGAGGUCCAACUCCUGAACCACUCUGUCAAGUCAUGCUUCGUGUUGGUGAUCUUGACCGUGCCAUCAAAUUCUAUGAAAAGGCCCUUGGGAUGAGACUCUUGAGAAAGAUUGAGAGACCUGAAUACAAGUACACCAUAGGUAUGAUGGGAUAUGCUGAAGAAUACGAAUCCAUAGUUUUGGAGCUGACAUACAACUACGAUGUGACUGAGUACACAAAGGGCAAUGCGUAUGCACAGAUUGCAAUAGGUACUGAUGAUGUGUACAAGAGCGGUGAAGUUGUGAAGAUAGCCAACCAAGAGCUAGGAGGAAAGAUCACUAGAGAAGCCGGACCCCUUCCUGGAAUCGGCACCAAGAUUGUCUCAUUCCUCGAUCCAGAUGGCUGGAAAACGGUACUGGUAGACAACAAAGAUUUUCUCAAGGAGCUGGAAUGAGGAGAGCUAUGAUGGUCGAGAUCACGAAACCAUUCUCAGAAAAAAUGUGAUCGUAAAAAUAAAGGAAGCUUCUAGUAUUUGAUCUAAAAUAAGAGGAAUGUGGUUUUAGUUUUGUGUCGUGCUUUGUGUGCUUGUUCCUUUUGUCUUUGAGACUUUGAGCUAAACUCUCUACUAUGAACUUGAAUAAUAAUAUUUCCACCACCUUGAGGCUUUGGUGUGCUCUUUUCGGUUA